AUGCCUUCUUCAGGACACCCGUGGGGGAAAACUUGCCCAAAACCUUAUCGAAGGUACGGGAGGAAAGAUGGACAAAGUCUUUUUGACUGGCUCGGUUCUGAGGCCGAUAUUACCUUAUGGACGGAAAGUGUCGCCGAGUUCAAUGAAGAUCAGGUCGCCAUGGAUUUUGACAUCGAGUCGGGACAUCUCUACGAAGCUCUUGUCGGAGAGGGGCAGGCUGAGCAGGCGUUGGCCCAUUUACAGAAGGAAAUCGCAGCAACACUUUAG